CUUGCAUGUGCCGUGUGCAUUCAUCAACAGUCAUGGCUGCCGUGCGCAGGCUCAUCCGUUCAUUUCGCGGUGUCUCCACGACAGCAGGGGCGUUUUUCACUGCGCGGCAGCAGCGGACGUCUCUCCAGAAAGUUGUCGCAGCUGGAGCGUGUGUCACCGCCGCCGGUGCAGCUGCUUAUUGUUAUUAUUUUUAUUAUCAUCAUAACUGCCGCGGCAGCUCAGGUCUGAGGAGCCAUGUCGAGGCUCGACUCUCGCAUCUGGUGUUUCCGUCAGUGUCUGCCACCGAGAAGGGCAGGACGUAUGGUCUGGAUGAUGGAGACGUGUACAUGUCGUCCAAUGAGAACAGAUUUCGCCAGUUCAGCUCAGUGGAGUACGAGGGACAGCUCUACAUGACUCCACUCAACUUUAUCGAGUCGGUCACUCUGAAUGAUCAAAAAAGAAGAAGAGUUUGGAGAUCACUUACAAAAAAGGAAUUAGACAAGAUGCUGGCUGAUACCCCGCCUGUUUGGAAAGGAUCAUCUAAUUUGUUUAGGAAUCUUCGUGAAGGAGGUGUCAUCAGUUACACAGAGUAUCUCUUCCUGCUCUGCAUUUUAACAAAGCCUCAUGCAGGCUUCAGGAUUGCUUUCAACAUGUUUGAUGCAGAUGGGAAUGAAAUGGUGGACAAAAGAGAGUUCUUGGUGAUGGAAGAAAUAUUCCGCAAGAAAAAGGACAGAAAAGACAUCAGUGACGAUGUUCAAAGACUGGAGCAGGAGAUCCUGCAGCUUUACGGUCACCGCAGAUACCAUCCACACAAUGUUCGUGAAAAAGACAGUGAGCAUGUCGAGGCCCGGGGCAUGUGGGAUGUUCUCAGACAUGGCACAAGUCAAGUUCUGUUUUCCGAUCUAACUGAGCACAUGGAUGAAAAAACAGAAACUACUCUGCUGGUGCAUUUCUUUGGGAAAAGGGGCAAAGCUGAAUUGAAAUUUGAAGAAUUUUACAAGUUCAUGGACAACCUGCAGACAGAGGUGCUUGAGAUAGAGUUCCUCUCCUCCUCCAAAGGCAUGUCCACCAUCAGCGAGGAAGACUUUGCCCGCAUCCUCCUCCGUUACACCAACGUAGACGACGUCAGCGGUUACUUGGACAACGUGCGACACACAAUGCCGGAUGAAAAGGGAAUCACCUUUGAUGAGUUCAGGUCCUUCUUCCAGUUCUUAAACAACCUGGAGGAUUUUACCAUCGCCAUGCAGAUGUACAACUUUGCAAACCGCUCCGUGGGUCAGGAGGAGUUUGCCCGAGCUGUCUAUGUGGCUACGGGCAUCAAGCUGACCCACCAUUUGGUCAACACCGUCUUCAAGAUCUUCGACGAGGAUCACGAUGGCAAACUCAGCCAUAAGGAGUUCAUUGGCGUCAUGAAGGACCGUCUGCACCGCGGUAACGGGGGCGUACGAGUGGAGGAGAAGUUCACCUCCUUCAAGUCCUGCCUGAAGAAGGAGCUUUCAAACAAAUAGGCGAAGACGACCGCAUCACUGCAUGUCUGCACAACCUGGACGAGUUCUGCCUGCUGUGUUCUCUCCACCGGGGCAGAAGGGUUAAUGCAUGCUGCGGCAGCGUCUUAAUGUUACAAGUUCAAAAUAAACAGGAUGUGGCACGAACAGGAAGUAGUCAAACUAACGCGAAGCUCUUGCAAGUGUUUAAACAAAAAAACAAGUGACCCAUUAGGAACUCACCAAGAAAAUGCACUCAUCCAGGUUGCAGGACUCUAAAUUGCACUGGGCGAGGGCCUCCGUAUGUGUAACCUCCUCCGCCUGCUCAGAACUAUUUAUUGAUUUAUCUACUUGUGAAUAUAUUUAUCCAUAAAAGCUUGUUAACUGAUAUUUAUAUGUUCUUGAAUUGUUUGUUGCUCUGCAACCGCCUGCACAGAUCAGUGUAGGACAUGUCCCCUUCCCUUCCUCCUCCACUUCCUCCUCUCCUCCUCCCCCAAAAGCUCUGCAGCUAAAAUCUUCCAGGGUCCCCAGAGCUUACAGGCCUGAAAUCACGCACUCACGUCUGGUGCAUUUUCACUGUUUAACUACAGGCAGCUAACUGUGUUAAUCAUUUGUUGGCGAGUAAAACCCAAGUGCUAUUUUUAUGCCACUGGCAGAGAUGACCUCUUUAUAAGUAUAUGCAAAAAAAAAAUAUAUAUAUAUAUACAUAUAUACAUAUAUAUAUCAAAGCAAAGCCAUAUGUUUGUUUCCACUCUCGGGACACUCAAUUUAAAUUAGUGUUGAUCUGAAUGAGCAGUGGAUUAAACUGACCUUCCCUUUAGACUCUGUGAGGAAGAGUUUACAAAUCUCCUCCACAGAAAUCCGGAGGAAUUCUCCGUGACUGUUGUUUCCUGGUGUGAUGUUUGCUUUGGGUGGAAUUAUGUGCUGAAAUAGUCUGAAGAUCAACAUGUUACAGACUCUAAUAUUAACCAGACCCAGUACAUUUAUGUUCCACACCACUUUCUGUUUAAAUAUUGAUCGUUUAGAUUAGUCUACCUCGUUUUGGAACGUUUUGGAAGCUACUCCCCAUGUUUAAAAGUAGGCCUCGCCUUCUAAUGUUAAGUUUAUUAUGACAUGGUGCAAUAAAUAUGAGACAAAA